UUCAUUUUACAGGUUGCCUGUGGCAUUAUCUUUGUGGCAUCGUUUGUGGUCAAAUGUGAAAGUUACUUUCAUGUGGCUAAACUCAAAGCAAACUGCGUGUUUUAACAUAUAAGCUGAAUCAAAUCUUUCUCCACUCACAGUUAUGGCAGGACGUGGGGGUCGCGGAGCAAUGUUAGAGGCCUUCUUUGCUCAGCAGCGACCUGGGAUUGAAGGCAAUAAGAGUCAGUCGGAAGCUGCAGCUGUAGCUGUAGUUGCAGGUCCCCCACCUGCAGUAACCAUGAGUCAUGGCUCUGGCAGAGCGUCUUUAUUGACAAUUCUUCGCAACCAAAGCAGGGUACCUGGAUCAGUUCCUCCUCUGCAGGAUGUGGAGGAGGAGCCGCCUCUCAGAAAUUUUAGUCGGGGUGCCGCACUGCUGAAUUUGAAGAGGAAUACAUCAUCGCCCACUACAAAAUCUCCCGCCUCUGAAUCUUCAUGUGUAGCUCCACCAGGAGUCGUCGGACCACCGACUGCAAAGAUGGCUCAGAUGAGCUUUCAGGAAAGCUCAGGAACCAGUGGGAAGCAGCCUGCUACAAGUUGUCCGUCUGCUGGACCUCCAGGCGUCCCACCACGAGCAGCAGGAUCACAAAAUGCACAGAUGAGUUUUCAGGAAAGGCCCCCUGUUCAGAAGUCAGGAAGCAGUGGGAAGCAGAUCCCAGCUACUGCCAAUUAUAUAAGACUUCACGUGGAGCCAGGGAAAGGCGUAUAUGAGUAUGAAGUUCGUUUUGAGCCAGAAGUGGUUUCUAGGGGGAUGCAGAACAAACUCCUCAAUGAGCAUAUUUUGGAACUUGGGGAGGCAAAGACGUUUGAUGGAGUGACUUUGUAUUUACCAAUCAAACUGCGGGAGGAGGUCACACGAUAUACGUCACUCCAUCCAGUGGACAGGACGCCCGUCUCCAUCAACAUAACUUUUAAACGGAAAAAGCGACUGGGAGAAUGCAUUCACCUGUACAAUGUGUUGUUCAGGAGAAUAAUGUUUGCGCUGGAUCUGGCUCGGAUCGGCAGACAGCACUUCAGUCCUAUUAACGCUUUUCCUAUCCCCCAGUACAAGUUGGAAGUGUGGCCUGGCUAUGUGACUGCAGUGGAUGAGUAUGAGGGCGGAGUGCAACUGUGCUGUGACGCUUCUCACCGUGUUUUGCGGACCCAAACUGUUCAUGAGCUCAUGGAGGAGAUAGUGUACCGGAAACCAAGCAACUACCGAGAUUUGGUGCAGAAGACCAUUAUUGGAGUUACAGUCCUGACACGAUACAACAACAGGGUGUAUCGAAUUGAUGAUAUUGAUUGGAACCAGUCACCCAGUUCCACAUUCUCCACCCACAUAGGAGAAACUAUAUCGUUCAAGGAUUACUACAAGAAGCACUAUGAUAUCGACAUCCAAGAUUUGGAGCAGCCUCUUCUCCUGAAUCGAAUGAAGGUCAGGAUUCGUGGGCACCAGAACGAAUUGGAACAGCUGGUGUGUCUAGUUCCAGAACUCUGCUUCCUCACGGGGUUGACAGACGAUAUGAAGAACGAUUUUCAUGUCAUGAAGGAAAUUGCCAUGUACACUAGAAUCACACCAAACCAGCGGCAGGUCGCUCUUAAGAAGUUUAUGAAAAAUAUUCAAGAAAAUGAACGUGCUCAGACGUUGUUGACUGGCUGGGGUCUCAAAGUGGAUUCAGGCACGGUGGAUCUCAUGGCUCGAGUGCUUGAUCCCGAGGAAAUCAUUUUUGGUGAUAAUGUGUCCCACAGGGGAACACAGCAGGCAGACUGGGGAGCGGCUGCCACUCGGAACAACGUACUUUCUGCGGUGGACCUGAUGGGUUGGAUGAUUGUCCAUUGUCCUCGUGACACACGAUGUGCUAAUGAAUUUGCCGGAAUGAUGUGGAAAAUUGGACCGCAGAUGGGAAUCCAGGUUUCUAAGGCCCGCAUCGUAAGUUUGCGAGAUGACCGCACUGACUCAUAUCUGCGCAUGUUGCGGGAAAACAUAAACCAAUCCCUCCAGCUGGUGGUGAUUAUCUUCCCAUCUGCAAGAGAUGACAGAUAUUCAGCUGUGAAGAAGCUCUGCUGCUCUGAGAUGCCAAUUGCUUCACAGGUGAUCAACUCUCGGACACUGUCCAAACCUGACAGACUGCGGUCAGUCGUUCAGAAGAUUGCUCUGCAGAUCAACUGUAAGCUUGGUGGGACCCUGUGGGCAGUCAAGAUUCCUCUGGAAAAUUGCAUGGUGUGUGGAAUUGACUCAUAUCAUGAUGCCACCAAGAGAGGAGCCAGUGUUGCUGCCUUUGUAUCCUCGCUCAACCAGACUUUGACGCGGUGGUACAGCAAAGUCUGUUUCCAAGGCCCUGGCCAGGAGCUGGUUGAUGGGUUAAAAACUUGCCUCAUCUCUGCACUCAAGUAUUACUAUGAUGUGAACCAUAGGUUUCCCGACCGAAUCGUGGUUUACCGGGAUGGAGUGGGCGAUGGUCAGCUGAGAAUAUCUGCAGACUAUGAGGUGCCACAGUUUGAAAGCUGCUUUCAGCACAUCAGUCCCGAUUAUCACCCAAAACUGUCGGUCGUGAUAUGUCAGAAACGAAUCAACACUCGCAUCUUCUCAGCCCUAAAUGCAGGAAGAGGUGACAGAGGCCUGGAGAACCCACCCCCUGGCACCAUUGUAGACCAUACAAUCACCAGAAGGAACUGGUAUGACUUCUUUCUGGUGAGCCAGCAUGUCCGACAGGGCACCGUUACCCCAACUCACUAUGUGGUCAUAUAUGACAGCGCCAAUAUGAAGACAGACCACAUGCAGAGGCUGACAUACAAGCUGUGCCAUCUGUACUAUAACUGGCCAGGUACCAUCAGAGUUCCUGCCCCAUGCCAGUAUGCACACAAGUUGGCACAGUUGGUGGGGCAGAAUAUACACAGAGCACCAGAUGAGCGGCUGUCGGACCGGUUGUAUUUCUUGUAAGAAGUCGUAAUGUCGGUAUCCAGACCAGUGACAUGACGUUGCCUUGUCAGAGUUUGGUGAGCCAGGUCAUGUGUGGUCUCUCCCACAAGCAGACUAAUUAUGUGUCGUGGUCAACAGACCUAUCCAUUUUUAAGUUCCUUUUAAAUUAAAGGAUAUUGAAGUUUAUAAUUGAUUGGUAAGUGUUGCCCAUUUCACAGAUGUUUUGUUUUGUUUUGUUAAUGAAUUAAGAAUGUG